AUGGAAACUCCGGAGAAUGGAGGUAACACCUCAUACGAACCGUUGGAAGGAAGAAGAGCGUUCGACACGGCUGACGGUCUAGAGAUGGACGGUGGCGGCCCACCAAAGGAUCGGAGAAAGUUAGUGUUUUUCGCCCUGAUGACAGCCGGCGUCGGGUUUGUGCUGCCCUAUAACAGCUUCAUCAUUGCAGCGGAUUAUUGGCAGUCGCGAUUUCCAGGACAAUCAGUAGCUUUGGAUAUGUCUAUGACGUACAUUAUCGUAGCUCUGUGCACUGUUCUCCUAAACAACGUAUUCUUAUCACUAGCACCGUUUCGUGUGCGUGUUGCAUUUGGGUAUGCGGUAUCAUUCACCACAUUAGUUUUUGUAGCACUCUGCGAAGUGGCAUGGCAUAUGUUCACAGCCAAAACCGCAUAUUCCGUAAAUCUUGCCGCAGUUUCCUUAGUCGCGAUGGGUUGUACAAUUCAGCAAUCCAGCUUCUAUGGAUUCGCUAGUAUGCUUCCAAAGCAGUACACUCAGGCGGUGAUGGCCGGAGAAAGUAUUGCUGGAUUUCUGGUGUCUUCGAAUCGCGUAGUGACAAAGCUGCUGAUCAAAAGUGAUCGUGCGUCCACAGCAAUAUUUUUCUUGACGUCGACUGUUUACAUAGCAUUCAGCUAUGUAUUGCACUCAAUAACUACUCAUUCGCCAUUUGUCCGAUAUCAUAUGAAAGCCUGUGCCAAAAUUGUACUGCGGCCAGAUGAUGAGCAUACUCUGAGUGACACAAUAGAAGGCGAUCUGUCGAAUGCGCGCUACGGGGUUCUGGCCUUAGAAUCGAGCCCUCCUGUUCAUAUUCCACCAGGCUCAACAACGUUGAGUUUCAGUAAUCCCGUAUACGAGUUGUCGAAUCCCAGCGGUGGUGAAAGUGUGCUGGAGACAAACAUCAACAGUCUCACAUCUACUACAACUAGUGUAACAACCAACAGCAAUUCUACAAAUCGUCCAAUUACAUCACCAACUCAGGCAACCGCAUCACACGAUGUACCUAACGUUGCGUUUAAAGUUGAACACGUGAUGACCCCAGACAUUUGCAGCUCUGGUCGAUUUGGAAGUUUUCGAAGUGGAGUAGAAUCACGUUGGAAAGUCGCUCAUGCAAUAUACCCGUAUAUGGCCUGCAUAGCGCUGGCAUAUUGUGUAACACUAUCUCUAUACCCAGGUAUUGAAUCGGAAAUCAUUUCUUGUAACUUGGGAACUUGGAUGCCGGUCCUGUUGAUGUUUACGUUCAACACGUCCGAUGUAGCGGGAAAGCUGCUGGCAGCGGUUCCGUACAGUUGGUCACGAAGACAGCUGAUUCUCAUGUCCGGAUUGCGUGCUCUGCUUGUUCCGCUCAUUCUACUUUGCUGUUCUCCGCGUGAUCAGCCUGUGAUUGCCGGAGAAGCAUCUGCGUUCGUGUUCACCGCUGCUCUCGGAAUAACGAACGGAUUAGCUGGUAGUUUACCGAUGAUGCUCGCACCAGAUAAGGUGUCCGCCACUUUAAAAGAAGUUACUGGAAAUAUGAUGACCCUGUCUUAUAACAUAGGUUUGACCGCUGGUUCUCUGGUGGGGUACGUCUUUGAAUCUAUGUUAGGACCACAACUGCCCAACCCCUGUCCCCAAUAUCCGUUUGUUCCUCCGCGAUCUAACCAGCCGCCGAUUAAUAACAUAAGUGUUAGUACUACCUCUAGUACUACGACUGUAGCGACUAUUCUACUAUCCUCUUUGUCCACAGCGAUUCUUCAGUCUAGCACAUCGACUGUAUCUCCUGAGACUACUAGUAAUAUACCAAUACCCACAACCUCGACUUUAUCACAAUCAACUACAGUAUUAAACAUGUUGCCAACAGGUGUCGAACCUGAGGUCACCACUAGCGUGUCAGAUACUACUAAUUUAGUGACGCUGGCUGCAAGCAUUGUAUUUAACGCAACACAGUCAAUGAUUGAAGCUACCACCGUACGCUAA